AAGAGAAAAGAAAAGAAAAGAAACAUAGCCAACUGGUCCAGGUCCAAGUGCAACAGUCUCCUCAGCAAGUUUCUGCCCAGCAACUUUCUCCUCAACUUACUGUCCAUCAAGCCUCUGAGCAGCCGAUCCAGGUCCAAGUCCAGAUCCAAGGGCAGGCCCAGCAACAAGCAUCACAAGCAAUACAAAGUCAGACUCUGCAGAGUCCGAGUCCCUCUCAGCUUCAGGCUGCCCAAAUUCAGGUGCAGCAUGUGCAGACUGCCCAGCAGAUCCAGGCCACAGAGAUUCAGGAAGAGCACAUACAGCACCAGCAGAUCCAAGCUCAGCUGGUGGCGGGCCAAGCUAUUGCUGGUGGCCAGCAGAUUCAGAUCCAGACGGUUGGUGCACUUUCCCCACCACCUUCCCAACAGGGUUCACCUCGGGAGGGAGAGCGGCGGAUCAGCACUGCCAGUGUCCUUCAGCCUGUGAAGAAACGUAAAGUAGAUAUGCCUAUAACUGUAUCAUAUGCUAUUUCUGGCCAACCAGUUGCUACUGUGCUGGCCAUUCCACAGGGCCAGCAACAAAGUUAUGUGUCCUUGCGACCAGACUUAUUGACGGUGGACAGUGCUCACCUUUAUAGUGCCACUGGGACCAUUACCAGUCCAACUGGAGAGACUUGGACCAUCCCUGUUUACUCAGCUCAACCAAGGGGUGACCUUCAGCAACAGAACAUUACCCACAUUGCUAUCCCUCAGGAGGCCUACAAUGCUGUCCAUGUCAGUGGCUCCCCAACAGCCCUGACCACUGUAAAACUGGAGGAUGAUAAAGAUAAGAUGGUGGGCACCACAUCGGUGGUGAAAAACUCCCAUGAGGAAGUUGUGCAGACCCUUGCAAACUCUCUCUUUCCAGCACAGUUCAUGAAUGGAAACAUCCACAUUCCAGUAGCAGUGCAGGCUGUGGCAGGAGCCUACCAGAAUGCAGCACAGACUGUUCACAUUUGGGACCCGCAGCAGCAGCCACAGACAACACCAGAGCAGACACAGCAACAGCAGCAGCAGCAGCAACAGCAACUACAAGUCACCUGUUCA